AUGCCAGUUGAACUCGACAUUCUACGAGGAAUCCGAACUCUCGCCGCUGCCGUCGGAACUAGUGCAAUACUACUUUUCAUCUUCACCAUCAUCAUCAAUAUCAUCACCAUGUUUCCCAAAAGAGUCAAUCCUGACAAGCGCAAAACGCGACCUUGGGAACUUACUGCCGCUGUCAGGAUAGAUGAAUUGCCAGAAGCAGGACAAGAGAUAGUCAAUCAAGGUAGACCCAAAAGAGUUAAAAGAUAUGAAUCGAAUGAGGGAUUCGUGCUAGAUUAUAACCGUAAUCGUCAAAGUGCACAAAAAUAUAGGGGAAAGGGAAAAGCUUUUACUGGUGAUGGAGAGAUUGGGAGGAGGCAAUUGGAGCCUCUUUCGAGACUGAGACCGACACCCCUUUCGUUGUGGACGGAUAAGAGGAAGCCGCCUCAGCACCCGCCACUAGGAGGUCCGUCGGGAGGUCCAUCCGGUCCUCCAGGUCCUCCAGGUCCAGGUGGAGGAGGAGGAGGAAGAGGGACAGCAACUGGUCGACCAGAGCCCUCAGGAACCCCAGGUCCAGGACCAGGCAGAGGAGCAGGAGGAGGAAUAGGAAUCACAUCUGCGCCACCAAGGUCAGGCACAGGAGGAGCAAUAGGGAUAAUAUCCGCGCCGCCUGUGACUUCAGGUAUAACUUCUUCGGUUUCGACAAGACCAGACUCCAGUGGAUUACCUCACUCCUUGAUACCGCCCAAUAUAGACUUUUGGAUACCAUGGGAGGCGGGAAACACUGAUUGGGCAAUGGCACUUGCCCGUGAAAGGCAAGGCGAUGUCAGUAUCAGUGCUGAUGAGCUUCUGAAAUCAUUCGAAGUAUUAAAUCUGCCUGUAUUUUAUGAUGAUUUCUACAGACAAUUCGUGAGAGAUCCAGCUUAUAAAGACUGUCUAUCCGGAGAUACCGGUCAUCCUUAUUGGUUUUUCCAAAACAUGAAGAAUAGAUACUAUGGCGACAGAAUUUUACCUUAUGUAAAACCCUCUCAAGAAGAAUUUGAUAGAGCCAGGAUCGAAAGGACUACAAAGGAAGGACGAGAGGCUAUAAUUCAAAGGGCCCGCCAAUCAAUGAAAUACGCCCAGCUGUUCGGCCAAGGAGUGAAACCGUCUCCAUCUAAUACAAGCUCACCAGCUCCACUGUCUGGAACUACCUCAGUUCCGGCAGCGCCUCUGCCCAAUAUCUCAAAAUUGACUUCGGGCAUAGGAAUCAAAACCACUGGGGCUAUAACUUUCGAAAGUAUAUUGGCGGCACUCCGAGCCUCACCCAAUCCAGCAUCAAAACCCCCACCAGUCGGAUCCACAUCUGGGAAUACUGCAACAGGAAAUUUUCCAAUUCAGGAUGAGCAAGUAGUUGCAGAUUAUAUCAAAAAUCUGAGAACUGGGUUGAUCACGGGUUCAUCGAGUCAAGUAGAUACUAAAACUACAACUGCACCGGUCGCCAUCAAUCCAUUCGCAACCGCCCCUAGACCUCCUCAAACAUCCAGGCCAACAGUAUCUACUCCAGCGGCCCCGGCUACACCGGGUGGGGGACUAUUUGGAGGGUUGACAGAUAAGAUAGGGGGUUUGAUACAUGGUCUUAUCACUCCUUCCAGCGAUGCAGCCGCGGCUGCUGAAGUACGGAAGGCUUUUGGUCCGCCAAAUGAUCUCAUCGUUCUUCCUCCCACAGUCAAGCAAAAUGUUCCGUUUCACUACGUUUCUGAUUUACAUCUGGAGCAGACGAGCUAUUUGAAUUUUGACUUCAAGCCGCGUGCUCCGUACUUGAUCCUCGCCGGCGACAUAGGGAAUACUGGUAAACAAAGUGAGACUCAAUAUCGGGAAUUUCUAGUUAGAAUGUGCGCCAAAGCAGAACUCAAACGAGUUUUUCUCGUCGCUGGAAAUAGAGACUUCUGGCCAUCCAAUAGUAAUACGGUGGAAGGGACAAUAGAAAUGCUUAGAGGCUUUGCAAGACAUCCGGAUACAUUAGGAAAACUGGUGUUCAUGGAAAACGAUCGCUUUGUCAUUGAGGAGAAUGGAGGCAAGGUUGUGAUACUGGGCUGUACGUUGUGGACUGAAAGGCGGAGAUCUGGAGGUCGUGAGCCGAGGGAUCAAAAUAACCAGCAAAGAACUGCGAGGCAUCACGCAUCUUGCGAAUGGAUCAGGAAGGAAACGAAGAAAAUUAGAGAAGAUCCCUAUGAAGUUGAAACGCGCAUACUUAUUAUAACGCACAUGCCACCUUCUAAGAGCGGAACUUCGCCUCCUGAACAGACCGCAAAGAAGCUUCGUGACUUCAGUAGUGGAGAUGGCCAUGGCAGUGAUGUAAUUGAUGGCUGCAAGGGACAUGGCUAUGAUCAUAGUUCGAUUCAAACUACAAUGCCUCUUUUGGACUGGAGAGACGUUUGGAUUUGGGGCCAUACACAUUGGAAUGAGCCGCGUUACGGGAAAACUAGGCAUGGUGGAAUGAGGUUUGAAUCUAAUCAAAGGGGAAAUGCUAGUGGGAACCCCGUGAACUAUCACCCAAAACCACCAGGUGCUUUUAAACCAGAAAAAAUUAUUCUGGUUUAA